GGCGGAUAUUUUCAAAAUGGAAGAAAUGUCAAAGUUUUGGAGGGGAACGAAAGAAAAACUUUCAUUUGUUUUAUGUAAAGUUAUUCUCGACUGCGCAUACAUGGAACUAAGUGAUAUAUAUUAACCAAUUUUUUAUGUAUAUUGUGGACAAAUAAAGAACAAGAUGAGUGUUUCAAUUGGCGAUAAAAUUGAGGAUUUCAAAGUUCUCACCCUUCUUGGAAAGGGCUCUUUUGCAUGUGUUUACCGGGCAAAAUCUGUUAAUACUGGUCUGGAGGUGGCCAUCAAAAUGGGCUUUCCUGGUCUCCCUAGGGCUUUCCUGGUCUCCCUAGGGCUUUCCUGGUCUCCCUAGGGCUUUCCUGGUCCCCCCAGAAUUGGCAGUCAUUUGUGUCUCUGUGUGGCUCUUCCUUCCUAGCUGUAGAGAACAGAUUGGCAAAUCACCACAAGACUGAAAGCACAUAUGGACACGGUGUAAUUAUCUCUUUUCUUUUUCCACCGGUGCAGAUUGACAAGAAGGCCAUGCAGAAAGCUGGCAUGGUGCAGCGCGUGAUUAACGAGGUGGAGAUCCAGUGUCGACUGAAGCAUCCGUCCAUUCUGGAGCUUUACAACUACUUUGAAGACAGCAACUAUGUGUACUUGGUGUUGGAGAUGUGUCACAAUGGAGAAAUGAGCCGCUUUCUAAAAGACAGGACAGUGCCCUUUUCAGAGGACGAAGCCAGGCACUUCAUGCAUCAGGUAGUGAAAGGCAUGCUGUACCUGCACACACACGGGAUCAUGCACAGAGACCUGACCCUGUCCAACCUCCUGCUGACCAGCACCCUGAACAUCAAGAUCGGAGACUUUGGCCUGGCCACCCAGCUGAAACUCCCCAGCGAGAAGCACUUCACCAUGUGCGGCACCCCCAACUACAUCUCCCCGGAGGUGGCCACGCGCAGCGCCCACGGCCUGGAGUCUGACGUCUGGUCCCUGGGCUGCAUGUUCUACGCCUUCCUCACGGGCCGGCCCCCGUUCGACACUGACACGGUCAAGCGCACCCUGAACAAGGUGGUCCUGGGCCAGUAUGACAUGCCCGGCCACCUGUCCCCUGGGGCCCAGAAUCUGAUCUCUCAGUUGCUGCAGCGGGACCCCGCCCAGCGGCCCAGCCUGUCAACCGUGCUGGAUCACCCCUUCAUGACCCACAGCCUGCUGGCCAGGACCAAGGAGCUGAGCCUGGGGGAGGAAGGCUCCAUGGACAGUGGUAUCGCCACCAUCUCCACCGGCUGCACCUCCUCCACGUCCGGCAGCAGCAACCGCCUCCAGAGGAAGGCUGGGCACGUGGUGGCCUCAGCCCUUCCCAACCGCAUGACCCCCCUCCCGGCCAUGUCCCGCCCUCCCAGCAGCGCCUGCUUCGAAGGGGAGGACAGCUGGCAGCAGCCCUGCCACAGAGCCCCCAGGGCGGGCAGGAGCACGGUUACCCAGGGGCUGGAGAGCAGCCAGCCCCAGUCUCGCUACCUACGCAGGGCCCACUCGUCAGAACGCUCCUGCUCCUCACCCAUCCUAGGCCAGGGCGUGGCCCGGGCAGAGCUGGAGAGGUGCCACUCAGAGGAGACUCUGCCAGGGGGAGGGAGGCUGGCUUUCCCCCAGUCCUCUGGCUACAAGCAGCAUAGGAGACCCCAACCAUCUCCCCCUGUCAAGCAGACAUCCAACUCAGGGUGUUCGUUCUCUGCACAAAUGGCGCGUCAACAAAGUCUGCAUGCGGUGGACUCGGAGGGGCUUCCUAACUGGUUCAGUAAAGAAGGGUCGUGUACGAGGUCCCCCACAGAUGGCAGUUCUCACAGCAGUUCCGGAAGCUUCCACAGCGGCAGGGAGCCUCUGGGGGUGCACAACUCCUGGUGUGAGCGCCCCGCAGGCCGAGGGCCUGGGCCUGGCCUGGACCUCCACCCCCGCGCUCCCCUGCCAGACGCCUACAGAGAGAACCUGGUCGGCGGAGACCUUCAGAGUGGUCCUGGGGGGGAGCUGGGGGGGCUGUCCAGGAGCACUCCCAGCAUCGAGGACAAGAAGAAGUCCUUGAGAAAUGUGCAGUCUCCCCUGUGUGCCUGGAGACUCAAACCCAUCAGGCAGAAGACUAAGAACGCCGUGGUGAGCAUCCUGGAUUCAGGAGAGGUGUGCAUGGAGCUUCUGAAGGGUCAAGGCAGCCAGGAGAGGGUCAAGGAAGUCCUCAGGAUCUCCUGCGACGGUCUGACGGUGACCAUCUAUCAGCCCAACGAUGGGAAGGGUUUCCCCGUGCUCGACCGGCCGCCCGCUCCCCCGGAGGACAUCCUGAUCUGCAGCUACGAGGAUCUCCCAGAGAAGUACUGGAAGAAGUACCAGUAUGCCUCCAAGUUCAUCCAGCUGGUGAAGACUAAGACCCCCAAGGUGACCCUGUACACCAGGUAUGCCAAGUGCAUGCUGAUGGAGAACUCUCCCACGGCCGACCUGGAGGUGUGCUUCUACGAUGGAGCCAAGACUCACAAGACGUCUGAGCUGGUGCGCGUGGUGGAGCGCAGCGGCAAGUCCCUGACGGUGAAGGGGGAGCUGGGUGUGGGCGGGCUGAGCCCUGAGACCAGGCUGUACCUGGAGCUGGCACGGGAGGGCCACAGCCUCUGCCUGGCUCUGGAGGCGGCCAUCACCGCAGAGGAGCAGCGCAGCGCUCGAAGCACUCCCUUCUUCCCCAUCACCAUCGGGAGGAGGCCGGUCAACCCAGACACUCCCAGCCCCACAACGCUGUCCUCCCAGCCGACCCCCCCUGAGGUGGCCUCGCCCCCCCAACCCCCCCACAUCACUCCCUCGAUGAUCUCAUACGAUGGCUCUGAUUUCACCACAGCCAGCCUGGCUAAAAAAUGCUCCCCUCUACUGGUCAAACCAGAACACACAGCCAGCACGGGGAAAGUCGUCAAGUCUGUUUUUGUACCAAACAUCGGCUGGGCCUCGCAGUUGACCAGUGGAGAGGUGUGGGUGCAGUUCAACGAUGGCUCGCAGCUGGUGGUGCAGGCUGGGGUGUCCUGCAUCACUUACACGUCUCCUGAGGGGCGCACCACCAGGUACAAGGAGAACGAGAGGUUGCCAGAGCACGUGAAGGAGAAGCUGCAUUGUCUCUCCACCAUCCUGGAGCUGUUAGCCAAUCCGGCUUCACAGAUGGGGCUGUCGGCCAAUCCGGCUUCACAGCGCUUACAGAAACCUAAAUAACACCUGUCAUCUCUUCUCAGCCUGCCUCAGAGCAGACCGCUGCAUGACUGGGGUAGCUCAGGUGUGCUUGUAAAUAUAAACCUUUUUACCUGUACAGAUGAAAAUUAUGAAAAGAUAUAUAUUUUAUACAUGUGCCCAUGUUGUUUGUUUAAAAAAAAAAAAAACGUGUUUUGUAAUGUUUAACAUUUUGUUUUUCUAAUUGUAACCACUAUGAAAUGUCAGAUGGAUAAACGCUUGAGCAAUAAACAUCUGCGACCUGGUUAGCAUUCAGUUGAACUUUGUCAUUGUCUCAGUCAAACACUCCUCAGAAUCACAACACACCUUUCUGGCAGAAACAAGUCAGUGACGUUUAAAGAGUCGCUCUAUUCACCAAGUCAACCUUUUUUGUUUAUUACGCCCAGUUGGUAUAGCCAUUUAAUAAAAAAGUCACAAAAAUCUGGAUUUGAUUUCUCAUCACAGAACCGAUACAAAACAUCGAUAUAUAUACGCACGUAUGCAUAUUUGUAUAUUAUAUACUGUAUACAUAAACAUACUAUGAACACAUCCAAGUAAAAAUUCAGUUGGAAACACAGAGCACAAUGACAGUCUGGGCUGGAGACAGGACCGGUAAGGUCUCAUUUAUUUCCCGUUUAGAAGCACGAUGAAUAACACAAUGCAGAACACAGUAUAGUUAAGAGUAUAGAGACGUAGGUAUUUCCACAACACACUGGACAUGGCUUGGUUAGUAUCCUCUGCAUGGACCCUGCAGCUCCAUGGGUAUCCACCCUGAUGCCUGGAGGACUUGUGGGCCUCCGCAGGGGGGCGGAUGGACUCUCAGGCCUGAGGAUCAACUCUCAGGUCCCAGAGGGCUGCAGGUGAGAUAGAUACCCUGUUUGCACAACCUCCGGGUCGCUGGAGACCUUUCAGACCACUUCUGGCGGGCCGGUGCGGCCGACGAUAAAGCUAGCCUGACCCCUCUGGGAGAAGAGAGAAGACACAGGACUGCGAAUACCACCCGACAUGCAGCUCUAAACCUUGUCCUGUGUACAUCUAGGCACACAAAGGCUACUCCGUCCUGUAACAGUUCUGUAGAUGUUUACCCAUUCAACCGGACUCUCCAAUUCACUCUUUCCCCGACAUAAAUCCACCGUUUGUUCAAAUAAUCACUCGCUGUUUAUAUAAAAAAUCACUUUUCCCAUAAAAUCUCAA